AUGUCAAAGGAGUGUGACCAGGUUCACAUCGAUGCGUCUCAUCUGAUGACAACGGUCAAGGAUCUGAGUACAUAUAACUUUGGCUCGGAUGGGUUCCACGCGGCAGCGACCAGUGCCAACCUGUGCCUGGCCACGGGAGUGAGAGGAGGGGUGGACUGGAUGAGAAAACUGGCCUUCCGCUACAGACGAGUAAAAGAAAUCUACACCACCUACAAAAAUAACGUUGGAGGUCUGCUGGGCCCGGCCAAACGAGAAGCCUGGUUACAAUUGAGAGCAGAAAUUGAAGCUUUGACUGACUCCUGGUUAACACUGGCACUGAAAGCACUCACAUUAAUCCACUCAAGGUCAAACUGUGUGAAUAUCCUGGUGACCACCACCCAGCUCAUACCUGCCCUGGCUAAAGUCCUGCUUUACUUGACUGGGGAUAGUGUUUCCUAUUGA